UGCCGCCGCAACAGUGACACCCAGUCUGGUCGGCGCUCUGCCAACUUUUGCACCUACACCUGCAAAUGAUCACCAGCAUUUCACCUCGCAAACUGAGACACAAUCGCUCGUAUCGGCGUAUAAUCUCUUAGACAUCUACCUACUCAAACCCCCGGCUCCCCAUGCAACAGUAAUUUGCGCCGCGAUUGGCCGCCAAGUUCGACAUUUCGCGACUGUACCGCGCUGCCUCUGCUGCUCUCACUCGAGCGUGCCCCAUUCAAUCCCAAUCAGCUUGUGGUCCUCCGCAUGCGCCAUUACUGCCGCUGACCUCGCGUGGGGCGGCGCCCGCAAGCAGAGAAGGUAGUCGCUCAUCAUGUCCAAGGACAAACGGCGGAGCAUCUUCGGUAGCUCUCUCAGCGCAUUCACGAGCAUUACACCCAAAAAAGAUGAGUCGCAGCCAGCGAAUCUCCUACGGAAGCGCCGGACGGCGUCGUUUAUGUCCAAUCUGUCAGAUGUGUCAGGGUACAGCGAGAAACAGACAAUCGACGAGAACACCGUGACAGAAACACCGACCUCCGUUCCUGCCGCGCGACCACGACCGCAACUGCCCAAUCGAGGGAACGGCAAGCGCGCCAGCUCGGUAUUCGGGUCGCUGAGAAGCUCCAAGUACCUCGACGACGAGCCACUCUCUGCGACUUCGACGCGCACGUCUAUGGGGUUUGACUCCCCUGUCGACGAUACACAUAGCCGCCACGUCUUGCAGCAUGGCGAGGUUCAGACGAGCAGCUCCAUGUUCAGGAAGAAAAAGGAAUACCUCGUCCUGACUGAGACACACCUCAUCAGGUUCAAAAGCCAGUCAAAGGCGUCAGAUGCAUUUACUGGGGUAUCAUCACUACACAACGGCAGCAAUCGCGCAUCGACCUACCGACAUAGUCAUAGUCCCUCGACCGGCUCGGCGCAAGAAGCUCAAUCACUCGCCUCAGAUGCCUCCGGAGACCGCGAGAUGGGCACGCCUUUGCGCCAUAUCGUAGCUGUGUUUCAUGCACCAGACGGAGGUCCAUACUUCGCUCUAGACGUCUACUAUCUGGACGACGAGACGAACCAUGCCUCGUCGAUGACACUGCAGUUUGGCGACCCCGACGAAAUGCACACAUGGAUGUUCAAGAUACGGUACGCUUCGAACAGCGCACGUCUGUCAGACGCAAACCCACUUUCUGCAUACAACUCGCAUCUUGCUGCUCGUGUGGUGGAAGCAGAGCGAGACUACGUGCCUCCACAUUAUGCGAUAUACAAGGUGGUCCUACGGGAGCCAGGCAAGACAGCAUCGAGGGCGUCAGCAGAGGACCUAGGCAAGCUCUCUGCUUCUGUCUGCUUUCUUGCAAUUGGCGUACACAAGGCACAUUUGAUCCCAUUGUUCAAGCCACCUUCUCAACGAACAUCCAGCCCUUCCUUGGCUUCGCUCAAUUCUCAAUCAUCACACGGGAUACUUGCACUUACCGAAUGUGUUCUUAGCGAGAUUGACGAUACCUUCCAUUUGACGUUCAGGAAACCCUUGGAGAAGGCCAAAACUUUCCACUUGGCAUCACUUGCAUCCCAUGACAUUGCUGUCCGUCUGCGCCAUGUCGAAGAAACCAUGCGACCGGAGUGGGAAUCCCGGCCGUAUCAAUUCGUUGUACCUGAAGCUGUCAGAAAUGAUAUCCUCCGUCAAUCUCAAGUUCACACGAUGGACCAAGACUCUCUCGAUCGCACGCUCAUUGGCUAUUGCAUUGCGUACGGUGUACAACCUGAGAACAUCAGUUACCAAAUCACAUACCCAGACGAAGACUCUCCGCGUUUUGAGCUGCUGCAGCCCAUUGGACUACGACGCAGCCAGUACACCGUACAUGAGUUGCUAGCAGUCAUGCGAGCAUUACGAUACAACGAAACUUUUGCAGGCAUCGCGUUUAAGGAUGUACAUCUCGAUAUUUUGAAUGGAUUGAUUGACGAGCACGGGGUUGAACACGUCUGUACGAAGACAAAGCGAGGAACAUACGCGCGGAUAGACAUCGAAGAUCUUUCACGUUCCUGCUUGCUGGUGCAAGAGAUUCGGGCCCUGGCCUUGACCAAUCGCAAAUUGCGACGCAUGGACUUCUCGAAUUGCAUCAAGAAAAAACCCAAAGAUUUCACAGAAGCAAAGUCGAGUGCGAGAGACACAGGCUGUGGGAUAGUUGAAGCUCUGUUUCCUCUGUGCAAGUACCAAACGACAAAUGUUGACUGGAUUGCCUUGAACGGCAUUCAGCUUGGCGAGACAGACUUGGACUAUCUAGUUGCAGCGGCAGUCGAGCGCGCUUGCCAUCUGCGUGCUCUUGAGAUGAGCCGCUGCGGUCUGACGGAUCGUGCAUUGUCUCUUAUCUUGGAUUCUCUACGAUCACAGGAGACCACUCUUGAGGCAUUGAAUCUUUCUUCAAAUCCCUUCCGCCUUUCACCCGCCUUGUUCGACUCGCAAAUUGGCUGUUUUGCAUACCUCACAAAGCUGGACCUUUCUCACGUUGCGCGAACAUCCGGUCCGGAGCCCCUGAUAUCCGUUGAAACGCUUAACGUGAUGCGGCUCCAGGAGCUGAGUUGGAGCGGCACUUCGCUCAACGCAGCGACUAUUGAUGCCAUUGCCGGUUACCUCAUCAACACCAAGCAGUCGAAAGGUCUGCGAGAGCUGAAAGUCGACCAUUGCUACAUCACAGGAAAGGAUGUCGCCUACUUGCUCCAAUCUAUGACGGAAGAGCCUGGCAGAGCCAGAGAUCUGCACCUAGAUGUUAGCGAGAACUACAUCGAGAAGGACCUCAAGAGGCUGACGAAAGCAAUUGCAACCGGUUACGCUCCGGCACAUCUCACGAUUCGCCUACUCGAGUUCGAGGAAGAAGCAGACUUUCGUAAGAUGAUCUUGGCUUUAGCACAGAACAACACAAUCCGCCAGCUUGAUAUCUCCCGUGCGUCUCUACCUAGCGAUGCUUCAGAGGAGACAUGCCAAGCGCUUGAGAAGAUGUUCUCGGACAACAGAACCCUUGAGUGGCUUGACAUGUCAGGAGAAGACUCAAGAUUGGAAACCACUAAGCUCGGUGUUGGACUCAAUAGGGCGCUGCGAGGCUUGCAGCAUAACAAGUCAUUGCGCGUCUUGUACAUACGAUAUCAAAAACUUGGGUUACAAGGGGCAAGCACGCUUGCAGACGUGCUCAAGGCUAACAAAACACUGCAUUAUCUUUACUGCGAGAUGAACGACAUAGCAUUGAACGGCUUCACAGAUCUCGUCAAUGCUCUUCAUCGUAACACCACGCUCUUAUAUCUUCCAACGAUGCAUGAGUCUCGUCAAAUGGCGCUCAAGCGUACGGAAGACCAGGUCAAGCAGAUGCGUGAUGACACAUCCGCCUACACAACCUCAAAGCCCGUAUCCGUCCGCAGCAAGCUUGCAAGCAAAGCCAGCAAAGUCACAAUCAAAACCGGCAGGGACCGCGGGCCAUCAAUUGGUCUCUCCGAUCAGGACAUCAAAGCCGCCUUGGGGCUCGUUGACGAGAGCUGGUCGCGACAGGAGUACCGAUUGCAGCAGUACCUUCAACGCAACUAUAACAUUGCUAACGGCAUUCCCGUUUCCAUGGAUGUCGGUGAUGAAGAUUUUGAGCGCGACCGGCCAGACACAGCCUCCAGUCACAGUAAGAUCAUCGAGAGGAAGUGUGUCGAUAGCACACCUACAGCAGAGAAGCUUCGCCGACUCGGCGCUGCCACACCAGGCUCAUUCUACGAGUCACCCGGGAGCACACCAAGUAGUACGCCAGAUUUCCACAUGGCGAAGACGAGACAAACGCACGCUUCGAAGGUAGACUACUUUAGCAGCACAUUCGAACCAAACACGAACGGUUCGUCUGCUGGGAUAUCAGCCGUCGAGCAAGAGAUUCUGAUGGAGCAGACGGUCGGACGGGACAGACUCAACCUCGACUUCGACGUGACAAGUCUAGGAAAGGAGAUCGAGAUGAGCUUUGCUCAGAAUCGGGACGCAUUCUCAUAGCGGCCUUCCGCACUCUAGCUGUGCAUUUUGCACCCACAUCUUGAUUUUGGCACACACAUAUCAGGCGCAUUUGUACAAGCAUUUUGCAUACACGGUGUUGCAUUUUCUGGUUUUUGGGAGGUCGUCAUCAUGUUUUCGCAGCGUACAUUGGAACGUUUUUCUUUUCGAUGCACAUAGCAACAAUUGAGCAAUCCGCAAUCUUCACCUAGUAAAGCGCAG